CAUUACGUAGCAAGAGACGGAGCCAUGGGGACGAGCGAGAGCUGGGGGCGUCCAGUUGGUUCUGCAUGCUUUUAGUCGCUGGUAGAAGAAAGGGGAAGACGUUUGAAGUCGGCACUUGUGAAUAGAGCAUUAUCUGUCAGCUUUACGGGACUUUUUAGAUAAAGUAAUAACUGCGUUCUUUGUUGGUCGUUUAGUUUGUUCCUCCUCGUCAACAUCAGCUCUGCUGGUUCCACUGGGAGGAAACAAGGGAUGCUGGGACCAAUACGAGUGACAGAGCUGCUCCGCUGGCCCCAGAGAGACAUGUCCAAGCAGAGCUUCCUGAAGCCCCGGCCAGAGGUGCUGAGCCCCAGCCAGGUGUGCCUGGAGAAGCUCCGCCCCUCCGCCCCCAGCAGCACACCCCACCCCUCCACCCCCGGCAGCGUGCCCCACCCCUCCACCCCCGGCAGCGUGCCCCACCCCUCCACCCCCAGCAGCGUGCUCCAGGAGCUGCUCACCAGCGGCAGCAGCAGCUACAACGUCCUGCUACAGGCGGAGGAGGCGGAGCUACGGGGGGUGGAGGAGCGGCUGGGUGGAGGAGGCGGGACCCCCAAGCGCUCCCCCUCUCGCCGCCGGCGGCUCGGGACCUCCGCCAAGUCGGCGUCCUCCGCGCCGCAGAGGAAGAAGCGUCCAUCGGGCGCGCCGGCGCCGCUCGUCACCGGAGCAGGGGGCUGCGCGGGAUCCGGUGGCCCCCCCGCCGCCACCAAGCCCGCCCGCGGCGCCAUCGCCGUGCGGGGCAGCGCCAUGGGCCUGUCCCAACGGCCCGCGGCCCGCCCCAGGGAGAAGGCCCAGGCCCGGCCCGGCAGCACGCCGCCGCCGCCCCCCCAGCCCCGGGCGGGCGCGGCCCUCAGGGUGGACGGCGGCAGGAAGCUCUGCAUCCUGGCGGCCAUCAAGCCGUCCAACGUGGAGAAGGAGAAGCUCAAGUUCUUCAAGUCGGACUUCACCUACAACCCGCAGUUUGAGUACAGCAACCCGGUGUCCCCGCUGGUGCUGGCCCGGCACAGCCAGGCCUCGGACCGCUUCCUGACCCAGGCGGUCCGCAUCCUGGAGCUGGCCCUGAACAAGUACGGCAGCUAUGAGAACUUUGAGCAGGCCACCGGCGGGAGCCUGCUGAGCCGGGGCCGCAUCGGGGCCAACGUGAGGAGGUACCUGGAGAAGGAGGGCUGCGUGGGCCAGAUCGUGGUCCACGUGACGGAGGACCUCCUCUCCAGAGCCUCCAUGACGGUGGUGAGCGGCCGGCCCACCCUGACCAUCAACCUCUGCACCGCCCGCGAGCACUGGCUGGAGGGCAUGCUGCGCCACGAGAUCGGCACCCACUACCUGCGCAGCCUGAACAACAGCCAGCAGCCGUGGAGCGGCAGCGCGGGCCGGCGGCGGCACGGCCUGCGGCCCCCCAACCCCACGGAGGAGGGGCUGGCCAGCCUGCACAGCGUGCUGCUGCGCCGGGACCCCACGCUGUGGCGCGCGGCGCUGCUGUACGUCACGGUGCAGAUGGCCGCCCGCGCCUCCUUCGCCCAGCUCUUCAGCGGCCUGGCCCGCUUCCUCAGGGACCCCCACACGCGCUGGGCCUACUGCGUCCGCGCCAAGAGGGGCCAGACCGACACGGCGCAGCCAGGCUGCUUCAGCAAAGACCAGGUCUAUCUGGAGGGCAUCCUGAACAUCCUCAGACACCGGGAGCAGAUCGACUUCCCCAUGCUGAUGGCUCUCGGAAAGGUGUCCUUCGAGGACGUGGAGCGGCUGCGGGCCGCGGGCCGGACGGAGAAGGUGCGUAUCCCCCACUUCCUGCAGGACCGAGCCGCCUACGCCCAGCGGCUGGAGAAGAUCAUGGAGGUGAACCAGCUCAGUGACCCGGAGCUGCGCCUCAUCGUCUGAGCCCCGGGAGCCCCCCUCCCCCCCUCCCCCGCCCCCCAUUACAGCGCCGGGACCGCGUCAGACGGCACCUAGCAUGUCCUGCCCCCGCCCGCUCUGAUUGGCCCGCUGGACGCUAGACAGAGGCCCUGUAUGUCCCACCACCGCCGGCUGUGAUUGGCCGGCUGGACGAAGGCCCUGGGCCCCUGAACAGUCCUCCUCUCAAACUCGGGCCCAACUCGGGUUAAUGCAACGUUGUCAUGGAAACAGUUUUUUAGCCAGAAAAAUAUGUGGCAACAUCUACCUCCUCCUAGAGUUCACCCUGAUUAGAACCGUUUUAAUGUGUGCACGCACGCCCGCACGCACACACAAACAAACACCUGCACGCUGGGACGCACGCACACACGCACACAUGAAGAUAAGGGCAUGUAGCUGCUAGAUCCUUCUAGAUGUUGACGGAAGUACUAUAAAUAUAGGAAAGGAGUAGUCCUGCUGCUCUCAUAAGAGUAACCCUUAUAUUUACCCUUAUGUAUUCACAUACUUAAGACAUUUUCUAUGACAGGCGUUCACAAGGCCUCUUCAGAGGUGAAAGGUCAUGUCAAACCCUUACCCUGCCUCACUAUUUGCACUUUCUUACCUUUUUGACUUUUUUGACUUACACUAUGUAGCAGGAGUUUGUAGUUUAGGUUUGACUUCCCUGGACUCUCUGAAGCAAACCAAAUGCCUGUUGACGUUGCUGAUGCUAGAUGGCUAACGGAUCUCCUGUUGUCAGACCCCAGUGUACUGUGGACACUUCAGAUGGUACCCAGGCCUUGAGGGGGUUCCUAAAGUAUGGUGUUCCCAUGUGACAUGUUUUGUAUAAUACUAAGUGUACUAGUUUUUGUGAUCAAUGUCAGAUAAAAACUCUAUAAAGUGUAUUUUUCCCUAAAGAA